AUUGUGUUUGGAAUUUGGAUUCUUCACUUUCUCCGCUCAUCUCAAAACGUGCAUUUGACCCUCUCGAUCUUCUCGAUCAUUUUUUCAUCUGCUUCCACUUUUACUACAAUUCAUUCAUUUCUCAACUGUUUCUCAACUUUACAAGCAAAAAUCCUAUUUCAUUUUAAGAGACGAGGGAUAUAAUCUGAACAAUGUCUGAUCUUGAGGCUCCGCUGCGCCCGAAGAGGAAGAAGAUUUGGGUGGACUACUUUGUUAAGUUUAGAUGGAUUCUUGUUAUUUUUGUGGUUCUUCCCAUUUCCUUCACACUUUAUUUUCUUACAUACCUUGGGGAUGUGAGAUCUGAGUGGAAGUCCUUUAAGACGCGGCAGAAGGAACACGAUGAGAAUGUCCAGAAGGUUGUCAAUCGUCUCAAAAAGAGGAAUCCUUCAAAGGAUGGGCUUGUGUGCACUGCUCGUAAGCCAUGGGUUGCUGUUGGGAUGAGAAAUGUUGACUAUAAGAGGGCUCGUCAUUUUGAGGUUGAUCUUUCUCCUUUCAGGAACAUUCUUGAUAUCGACAAAGAGCGGAUGAUUGCUAGGGUAGAGCCCCUUGUCAACAUGGGGCAGAUCACCAGGGUGACUGUGCCUAUGAAUCUUGCACUCGCUGUGGUUGCUGAGCUCGAUGAUCUUACUGUUGGUGGCCUCAUAAAUGGUUAUGGGAUCGAAGGAAGUUCCCACAAAUAUGGCCUUUUUUCUGAUACUGUUGUAGCCUUUGAAAUUAUUUUGGCAGAUGGAUCUCUUGUUAAAGCCACCAAGGACAAUGAGUACUCUGAUCUAUUUUAUGCUAUUCCAUGGUCUCAGGGAACACUUGGGCUUCUUGUUGCUGCUGAGGUCAAGCUUAUACCCAUUAAGGAGUACAUGAAGUUAACUUAUAAACCAGUUGUUGGUAACCUGAAAGAUAUUGCACAGGCAUAUUCUGAUUCUUUUGCUCCCAGAGACGGUGACCAGGAUAAUGAUGAGAAGGUUCCAGACUUUGUUGAAACUAUGAUUUAUUCGCCAACACGAGCUGUGUGCAUGACAGGGAGAUAUGCUUCAAAGGAAGAGGCCAAGAAAAAGGGGAAUAAGAUUAACAAUGUAGGGUGGUGGUACAAAACCUGGUUCUACCAACAUGCAGAGACAGCACUCAAGAAAGGUCUGUUUGUAGAAUACAUUCCCACCAGAGAGUAUUAUCACAGGCACACAAGGUGUUUGUAUUGGGAGGGAAAGCUUAUCCUCCCAUUUGGUGAUCAAUUUUGGUUUAGAUUUCUGUUUGGCUGGUUGAUGCCACCCAAGGUUUCUUUGCUCAAGGCAACUCAAGGGGAAGCUAUUAGAAACUAUUACCAUGAAAUGCAUGUUAUCCAGGACAUGCUUGUUCCUCUGUACAAGGUGGGAGAUGCACUAGAAUGGGUUGACCGUGAGAUGGAGAUAUACCCCAUUUGGCUCUGUCCACAUAAACUGUUCAAGCUGCCUAUCAAAACUAUGAUUUACCCAGAAGCAGGCUUUGAGUUGCAACGCAGGCAGGGAGACACACAGAAUGCUCAGAUGUUCACAGAUGUUGGAGUUUACUAUGCACCAGGUCCUGUGUUAAGGGGCGAGGUGUUUGAUGGUGCAGAAGCAGUGCGUAAAAUGGAGAGCUGGAUGAUUGAGAAUCAUUGUUUUCAGCCACAGUAUGCUGUGUCUGAGCUGAAUGAGAAAAACUUCUGGAGGAUGUUUGAUGCUGGUCUGUAUGAGCAUUGUAGGAGGAAGUAUGGAGCCGUUGGAACUUUUAUGAGUGUGUACUACAAAUGCAAGAAGGGCAGGAAAACUGAGAAGGAAGUGCGUGAAGCCGAGCAAGCACACCUUGACACUGCGUAUGCAGAAGUUGAUCAACCAGCAGACUGAUUUGGAAUUUCUGAUAAAUUUUAUGGUAGCAAUUUAUUGCACAUUGUUUCUGAAUUUAUCGUUGUCUUUUAAUUUUUCGGAUCUUUAGCUUCGGUUGGCUUAGUUGCUGAUACUGUUUUUGAGUUUCUAAUGUCUUUUAUUAUGUGGACCUAACAUGAUGGUUUGACUGUUUGAGAUUGAUAUGGCUAUGUCUACUGGAUAAAUUAUUUGCCUUAAAAUGCAAUGUAUAUCCCUCAUUUUGGUCGA